AUGUCUAACAUAUUAAAGAUUAUAUUUAAUUUAUCUGGAUUACUUCGCGAACUGUUCGUAUUUGGACUUAACAUGCUUCCAUAUGAUAUAGCUUUGUUUACGUGUCAGAGUUUAUCUUAUUCAACAGGGGUUGCUAAUUUCUGCUUCAGAGAAUCAUUAGCUAUAUUUUUAUUAUGGCGACUUAGACAAAUUGAGCACCGUGAAUUUGAUAAAUGGAUCGGUUUAGCUUUGUUAUGUAUAAGGACAAUAGCAAAUCUUACCCAACUGGCACUAUCAAAACCAUUUAUUGAUGAACUAUCAAACUGUAAUCCAAACCUUACCUCAACUAGAAUUCCUAUUUGGACUAUAAUUGUUUGUGAUUUGUUGAUUGAAAUAUAUACAACUGUUCGUCUUGUCCAAAUUCUUAAAAGAGCAAAUCGUAAUGCAGCACAAAUUAGUUCAAAAAUGGACAGAAGAACGAAACGUACUUUAUUUACCGCCGUUAUGUAUUGGAAUUUCCUACGAUUAGCAAUUGCUUUUAUAAUAAGCGUAGUUUCUUCAGUUUAUGUUGAGCUUUUUCUUAGACCAGACUUGACCCAUUUUGUUAUUGAUUCAACAAUUACUUGUGCCUUAGUUAUAAUGUUGUCUUAUGUUAUAACUGUUGAUGCUGAAAUUGUGCGAGUCAUUGAGGGUAAAUCUAAAAAGAAAAGUUCGAACAGCAGCUCAGAAAAAAGUAUAACAGGGACUCAACGUUUUCCAGCUACUUACCAAAAGAAGCUAUCAUCGCUCAAAUCUCAUACUCCUCCUAAAUAUAAACCAUCUAUGGAACAAGAAGAGAAUGAUGAUGAUGAUUUUAUUGUGUCAAUAAAAAGGCUAUCGUUCUUUGAAUGGGCAAAUAUUGUUGUAGGAUUUCGUCGCGGCGUAAGUAACAAUGAAAGGAACUUUAAUGAAGAGGAUUUUGAGGAAAUAAUUGAUAGACCCUCGGAUUCUUCAAGUAACCUUGAGAGAGGCUCGAGUCAAAACAAUGAUAAAAGGCGAAGUAGCAAUUUUAGUAAUAGUACAAUA